AUGACGAGGCACUCUCUGGUGAUCCUAUGCUGCUACCUGUACACGCUCUUUGACAUGGUGGCCCUGCAUUUUCCGUGAGUAGGCGAACACGAGUAGCUCGGAAACUAUAGAAGCCGCGACCGGUUGAGUAGAACACGCUAGAUCGAAGGCGCAGAGAUUUCUCGUGUAAUUUCUCGUCCGAUCGGUUCGACCAAUGCGACGGAAAUCUCUCGAGCCUUCGAGUCUCGUCCCUAGUUUAUCUUUCUCUUUCACGCAUGCACUCCCCUUCGAUCGCUGAGUAAUCGCGAUCCCGAGGACGAGUAUCGUGGCCUACUUGCAAAAAGAACGAACGUACCGUCAUUAACGAGACUAAAAAAGUGUCAAACACUUUUUUUUUAUUUGGCGGUCUGUUUUGAUUUUGUUUGACGAUUAUAUACUGACAUCUAAAAGAGUGUUAGUAUUAUCGAAGUCCUUUAGUAUCUUGCCUCGUUAAUAGCAAGUCAAUUUGGGAAAAGACAACUAUUAACUUUUUAAUCUUCGUGGUAUUACGUUUGCGAAGAUAACAAAUUUGACACAUUUCAUUCAUGGAAGUUUUCUUCUUCGAAAAGUAGUAUACAUAUUAAUUUACAGAGAAAGGUGUAGCUAUAAUAAAAGUAGAUUAAUGAAAUAAAAAUAAACAUAUGUUUCUGUUGUUUAGAAAACAAUUUUCUUAAAAUUCAACGAAUCCUUAAAGGGCUAAUUUCCGACAGUGUCGAAUACAUAGAUCAUUUUACAGAUUUAACGUACCAAUAUGGAUGAAUGCAACUGAUGCAAGCCCGAGAUAAUUUUCAGUUAUAUAAUUGAAGGCACACAAUAAUUUCCCAAUCAUAUCAAACUUUUAGUGUGUUUCUUCUGUCUGCAUGAACAUAUUUUAAAAUAAAUACAGAAAUGAAAGAAACCUUUCGAAACGACUUUUUCAAUCUUCUCGAAAUUAACAAGGCAAGAAGUUAAUAUAAAUUCUUUCUUUCUUUCUUUCUUUCUCUUGCAUUGUAAUUGAAAUAAGGUUCGCGCCCCUUUCGAGUGUCAACUCGCGUUAACUAAAAUUUUGUGCAAACAUACUAUCCGUACGAAUUUUAACAAAUGGCGAGCGAGGAGGCACGAGAGAGAUGGAUCGAAAGGUUCGUCGGUAAAUUCGUUCUCGUUGCGAGACACGGCGAUGAUAGAAUCUGGCCCAGCAUCACCCGCGACUGUGUCGAGUUUCAGCGAGGAAAUAUGCGAACCGGUACUUUCCACGGAGGUCGAAGGCUGGCAUAUUAAAGUCGAUAGCCUAUCGUCCAGUACGUUUCGACUUUCGGCGAGAAAGCGCGGGUACCGGUUUUUUCCGAAGAUCGAAAGGGAGUCGGACCUCGAAGAGUACGGCAGGAAGGAGGCCUCCUUGUCACUCAGGGACAUCCUCCCGUUGAACCCGAAGCAAUACGACAAGCACAGAGCGCCCAAGUUCCUCGGCCAGCCCACCAUUGUCUACUUCCACGUGACGGUGCUCAGCCUCGACUCCAUAAACGAGGAAUCUAUGACGUACGUCGCGGAUAUAUUUCUGGCGCAAAGCUGGCGAGACUCUAGAUUGCGACUUCCGGAGAACAUGUCCGAAGAGUACAGAAUAUUGGACGUAGACUGGCUGCACAAUAUCUGGAGACCUGAUUGCUUCUUCAAGAACGCGAAGAAAGUCACUUUUCACGAGAUGUCCAUACCGAAUCACUAUCUUUGGCUGUAUCACGACAAGACGCUGCUGUACAUGUCGAAUGUCGCACACCACGCAGGAUCUGGUGUUUAUUUGGAACAUGACGGAUCCUUUAGUGGUGAACCCGGAGAUCGAGCUUCCCCAGCUGGACAUUUCAAAUAAUUACACGACCGACUGCACGAUCGAGUACUCGACCGGCAACUUCACGUGCAUCCAGAUCGUGUUCAAUCUGCGCCGUCGGCUGGGCUAUCAUCUCUUCCAUACGUACAUACCGUCCGCGCUGAUCGUCGUCAUGUCGUGGAUCGCGUUCUGGAUCAAACCGGAGGCAAUCCCGGCUCGGGUCACCCUGGGAGUGACGUCACUGCUGACCCUCGCGACUCAGAACACGCAAUCCCAGCAAUCACUGCCACCGGUCUCCUACGUGAAGGCCAUCGACGUAUGGAUGUCCUCGUGCAGCGUGUUCGUGUUCCUCUCGCUCAUGGAGUUCGCCGUGGUGAACAACUACAUGGGACCCGUGGCCACCAAGGCGAUGAAAGGCUACUCCGACGAGGAUCUAAGGGAAGCUAUCGACGAAUUCAAAACACCAAUGAGGAACGAGUCCGAGAGGAGCAGAAGCCCCGUCAGACCUGCGACCGUGCAAUACGACACUUGCUGCCAGGGCCGAGCAACAGCCAUUUACAUCGACAAGUUCUCCAGAUUCUUCUUCCCGUUCUCCUUCCUCAUCUUGAACGUCGUUUACUGGAGCACCUUC